AUGUCGCGUGCGGCGGCGGGGAUGGCUUCCGUCGGGGGCGAGGCCAAGGCAGGAGUUGCUGGCCGCCGGAGGCGUCGUUCGUUGUCGACCUUAGCAUCCUCGCAGCAGGCGAAGUCGUCGCCGCUGCCUCCACCACCUGCCUCUGCCGCGGUCGGCACCGGCACAUCGGGCUCAAACCCACCAGUAGCAGCGCCGCCACGACCGCCAAGCCUCGUGGCUGCCGAAGGCGGAGAGGGGGCCACAAGCGUUACCGCUGAUGUCGCGGCCAUGCCCGGCAAGGCGGCCUCAGAAGGGCCGCCGUUGGCGCUGGCGUCGCCGGAGACGGUGGGCGGGGCGGCAGCGGGGUUGGACGGUUCUGGUCAGCGGGAGGGGGGAGGCGCGAACGGCAUGGGUGGGGGGGAGGGCUGGAGCGGGGAGGGGGGGGCGGCGGAGACGACGGGCGCGUGGUCCGGGGGGGGGGCAGGGUGGGAGAGGGAUGAGGCCGGAGAAGACGUGUACGAGGAGAAUCUGAAGGCCCUGGUCGGCGUCAGCACCGGGCCGCACGGCUACUGGAUGGGGCCGCUGAUGGCGUUGACCAAGCCGGAGACGAGGAAGACGGCCAUGCAGCUCACCGCCGACAACAAGCUCGGCUACCGAUCGUCCAAGGGGGGUCCGGUCAGCAAAGGGACUCUGUUGCAAUACGUCCUCGAGCAGAAGGAGAAGCACCCCACGAAGGUAAUGGGGGGUGCGGGGCGGGUAGGCACGGGCAAUGGUUCAAGUAGCAACGCUCUUCCGGACGGGUUUUCGUGA